UAGUCGCUUUGCGGUUUUUUGCAACAGGAAACCAUCUUUUAAGCAUUGCUGAUUUUGGUGGAAUGCAUGUCUCAACAGUUUCAAGGAUAGUUUUAAAAGUUUCUAGAGCCCUAGCUAGACUUGGAAAUGAAUAUAUCAAAUUUUCAGAAAACGAAGCCGAUAUUUUGAAAACUAAGAAAGAAUUUUUUGCAAUAGCAUCGUUCCCAAAUGUUAUUGGUGCCAUUGACGGUACUCAUGUUAAAAUUCAAUCUCCCGGUGGACCUGAUGCAGAAGUUUUUCGAAACAGAAAAGGCUACUUUUCUAUAAACGUCCAGGCAGUUUGCAAUGCCAAAAUGAUAUUCACCAAUGUGGUGGCAAGGUGGCCAGGAUCUAGCCAUGAUGCAACGAUAUUUAAUUGUUGCAAAGUUAAAAAUAUCAUGGAAAGACAGUCUGGCUUGUACUCAGAUUGUUUUAUUUUGGGUGAUUCAGCGUAUCCUCAAAAAUCUUAUUUAAUGACGCCACUCCUCAAUCCAAAUGGUACAGCGGAGCAGUUAUACAAUGAAUCGCAAAUUCGUUCCAGAGGUGUAAUUGAAAAAGCGUUUGGCAUUUUAAAGCGAAGAUUUCCCAUACUGGCAUACGGUGCCCGUUUGAAGUUAAGUACUGUCUUAACUAUUAUAAUUGCAACUUGCACCUUGCACAACAUUCUAAGGCAAAACAACAUACUCGAAGACCCUCCUGAAAGCUUAGACUUUAAUAAUGAAGACCUAGAACGUGUUAUUAAUGCAGGGCAAAUAGAUGUUGAUCACUCUUCCCGACAAAACAAUGCAAGAACGAAUUCUUCAAAUCUUAACAUGCAGAAACGUAUGAAUUUGAUAAAUGAUUACUUUGGACGUUUGUAACUAUUUAAUCACUGUUGAAGGGCAAA